UGAGUAAUUAAGUCUUCCGAAUUAUAAGUAAACAGAAAGUAUGAGACCUCCCUAUUGCUGAAGCCAAUCAAGACAAGUUUAACAAGGGAUUCCAAAAGUGAUAUUUUUGUACUCGGUUCAAGUUAAAGUAUUACAAAGCAUAAAUCUUUAUGCAAAAAUAUUUGAUCCCUUUGUGUAAUAAGUAUGCACUGAUGUUAAUAUUACGGCAAUGGUAUACCUCCAAAAUGGGCGUUAGAGGUAUCAGAUAGUAAAUAAAACACACACUGUAAGAAUUCUUACACAAAAAUGCAAUAUUCAUUGUUUCCAGCAAAUACCUUCGAUUAUACUGUAUGAUUGAUUGAUUGAUUGAUUGAUUUAUUGUGCUGAGAGACCGUACAGUCUUUACACUUGUCAGGGUUUGUAUAUAAAUUUAACAUAAAUAAUAUACGACACUAUACCUACAUAUAAGAGACAAACAAGACACAAUUGCAGGAUUAAAAUGACACGAUUAUAAAAAAAAAACAAAAUGUAAAAUUUAAGAGAUGUAUGAUGAAGUAAGUGCUACCAGUUUGUCUAAAAUGAAGGUAUAAAAAAUGAACGAUGGAAAAACACGGUAAAGUGUCUUGAAUGGGUCCAAAUUUCGCUCCAUUUUUAUGUAAUCUUAUUCGGAUGGACCAGCGUCGCCUCCUGAAUACGUUGAAAUAAAAUACGUGUCGUGUCUAUUUCACAUUCACGUUAAUUUUAGUACUAGAAAAUACGUGUAGGUACUGAUUAUAUGGUGAUAGGAGGUGUAUACAUUUCAAACAAUAGGUCAAACCGUUCCCAAUAAACGCAAAAAAUGAUUCUAGUUUUAACAGAUGAAUAGGUACACGAAUCUUUGUUUUAGUUGCCUUAAAAAUGUUCCAUUUGGUUGAUCUAAACAUUUUUGAAUCUUCUAUACUGUUCAUUCCUUCAUUUUCAAAUGUUAGAAGACUGUAUCUGUUAACAGCAACUAAUUCUAAUCGAGUAGAAGUAUCUAUUCACUAGCAAAUUCAUUAGAUCCGUUUGUUGCAAUCAUAUUGAACAAAUUAAACUAGCGCAGCAUUACAAUUUUUGAAAAAAAUAUGCAGUUGUGAACUUUAAUGUUCUUCUGUACACAAAGCAUUUAAAAAAAUACAUUACACAUUACACUGAAAUCACCCAAACAAAAUUGUUAUUAUUGGGAAUUCCAGAACAUUGAUUCGGUAUCAUUUAUGUCUCCAAAAUUAGCACAAAAUAGGUAUGAAUGAAUUUGUUGCUACUGCUAAAUGACACAAAAAAUUGUCUUCAAAACUCAUAUUUAAGCAUAGUGUAAAGAAACAGAAUGCAUUGUGUUAUAGUUCACUAAGCAUCGAUAAGAAUGAAUGUUGACAUUUUGCAUACCUCGCAGUUACAUAAUCCCCAUAGACAAUAAAAAGGUAAUUUGUCUAUGAAAAAUUCCCAAAUGCGAGGUAUACAUCAUUCUGGACGUUAAGAGAUGGAGAAUUUUCAGAGUCCAGGAAAAUGAACCUUGUUCAAAAAGUAUGUAUUAUAAAAGAUGCUAAUUUUAUCGUAAAGCAUUGAUCCGAAGGGAAAACCAGAAUACAAGAACCUAAGUAGUAAGUACGCACGGUUUCCAAAAUUUACUGAAAAGUACGUAAACGUUAAGCAAAAAUUCAUUAAUUCGUACUAAUUAUAUUAUCAAUAUCAAACAUGUGUCGUCUUCUAUAAACAGUUUUAUAAAUAAACUGACUGGUAUAGAUAAGUCGCUUUUCAAUAACAUUCACUGUAGGUUUGGCUAAAUUUAUUUCAUUCCAAGAUUUUGUUGGGUAAUUACAUUUAAAUUGAUAACCGAUUACACUAUUCAUUUCUUGUAAUCAAGCUUGCGUGCAUACUUUUAGUAAUUAUGGUGGGAUAAUUAGAAUAUAAAUUAAACCUUCCUUAAAUGAAGUUUAUACUCAGUUAGUUGUUUCACUGUGAAAAUUAAGAUUCUUCGGCAACGAAUGGAUCAUCCAAAAGCCAGAAUGCUGCUUAUCGCGACAAUAUGGUUGUGUGCCAUGGUGUCACACAUUAAUGGAGCUCUAGUUGUGAGUUCUUCUUAUGAGGGUGGUGAUAAAGAGGGCAAAAAUACUCCGGAUACGACCGUCCCCGAGAUCUAUCAAAUGCGCAUCACAUCCAGUAUCCGCAAUCGCUUCGCCCAUACAACUAUCGUAAGCAGAGUUAGAAAUUCUGCACACAAUGCUCAGGAGGCCGUCUUCUCAGUAAUCCUACCAGAAACCGCUUUCAUUUCCGGUUUUAUUAUGGAAAUUGAUGGAAAAAAUUAUACAGCUUACGUUAAGGAGAAAGAGGAGGCUAAGCGCGUUUAUGACCAGGCGGUAGCGAGUGGUAUGGGUGCGGCCCAUGUGGCAGUCAGCGCGCGGGAUUCCAAUAGAUUCGUGGUAUCCGUAAAUAUCCAACCAGAGUCAAAGGCAGUCUUCUACUUGACAUACGAGCAGCUUUUGGAUCGUAAAGACAGUCACUACGAGCAGGUUAUUAAUAUCCAUCCGGGCCAGCCCGUUAAAGAUCUUAGUGUCGAAGUUGUAAUUGCGGAAAGUAGGAAAAUUACCGACUUAAAGGCGCCACCUCUACGUUCAGGAAACGAAAUCGGGACCGACAAGCCAGAACUCGAUCCAAGAGCCGAUAUAGAAAUAUUCAAUGAUACCGCGGCAGUUGUCAAGUUUAGUCCAAAUGUCGAACGGCAAAAGGAGUUCGCACGUGUACUCGGAACGAAAGAAGAGAACGGUCUUUCUGGACAAUUUGUAGUGCAGUACGAUGUUGAGCGAGAUCCGAGUGGUGGAGAGGUUCUGAUUGAAGAUGGAUACUUUGUACAUUUCUUCGCCCCGAAAGAAUUAGACCCUCUACCGAAGCAUGUAGUUUUUGUGCUAGACACCAGUGGUAGCAUGUGGGGGCAAAAGAUACAGCAACUUAUUCAAGCGAUGAACAGCAUUGUCGAUCAACUGAACGAAAGUGACUUGAUCAGUUUAGUGGAAUUUAACAGCAACACAAAGGUGUGGGACCUGGAUAAUCCAGAAAAAAGCACGUGGUAUCCACGUGCAAACAGUCGAUAUUAUGAACACAUUGGACAAACAUCGGUACCGUUAGAGAAUGCUUCAUUUCCAAGUGCUUUCCCAGCAAAUUCAGAUGUAAUCCGCAAGGCUAAAGCGGCAGUCUCCAAAUUAGUUGCUCAAGGCUCAACGGCCAUGUUUGGAGCUUUGCAAGUUGCCUUACGAUUGGUCGAGUUGGAGAGAAAUAGACAACGCGAUUCUAACGACUUAAGACGUCAGCCAAUAGUUAUAUUUUUAACCGAUGGAGACCCCACAGAUGCAACCACCGAAGAUAUCACUUCCAAGAUAAGCGAAUUUAACUCUGAAGCAAAAAGAGCGCCAAUUUUCUCGUUAUCCUUCGGUAAUGGCGCUGACAAGAACUUCUUGCAAAAGUUAGCCUCGCGAAACUUUGGAUUUUCGAAACACAUCUACGAAGCAGACGACGCCUCCCUACAACUUCAGGACUUCUACCAAUUAGUUUCAUCCCCAUUAUUGUCAGACGUUACCUUCAAAUACGAAUCGACCGUCGCCGCUAAUAUUACCAACACACAAUUUCCCAUACACUUUAAAGGGUCCGAAAUUGUAGUUGCCGGUUAUUGCGGUGCCAGAUUUCCAACUCCAGUGAUUGACGGUAUUGGAAGACGAGGACGAAUUUCUCUUAAACCUGUCGUAACUACAACGACAACUUCAAAUAUGGAAAGAAUUUGGGCAUAUCUAAGCAUUAAACAAUUACUCGAAAAGAAGGAGACGUCAGAAGGCGAGGAAAAUCAACGGAAAAAGAAAGCUUUAGAUUUAGCUCUCAAGUACAGCUUUGUUACACCGGUCAGUUCAUUAGUGGUAGUCAAACCGAAUGAAACCAAUGCAGUGAAUACCGAAGACGCCGAGCGUCAACCUGUUCCAACGCAAGGCCUAGGUUUACGAGGAAUUUCAACGUUUGGAAGUACGGCAUCAAGAAUCUCCGGACCUCAUUGGGGUCACGUUGCACAAAGAACAUCUUAUCAUGCUAGCAAACCGUUCUUUGGAGGUAUACUACUUUCAGGAAGACCCAUGAGUGUUGCACCAGCAAGCUACCCAGGAAUACCGCGACCUUCACCAAGUGGGCAAAGUGCACAUCAUAUAAAUAUUAUAGGCGGGGUUCCACAAGUUAAAGACACGCCUGACGGCCGAGUGGAACCGUUUCAUCUUACUACUUCGUCCCUACACCAAUUGUUACAAAAGCUUCCUUGGCUUAGAGACAUACUCACGAAUGGUAUGGUGAAGGGACCUACAGGUUUCUUCAAGUUGGGUGUUAACGAAACCAUCACCGACAACGUUCCAUGCCUGAAAGCAACUAAUAACCAAGAAGGAAGAUGCAAGUUACUUCACGAAUGUCACCAAGCUGUCUUACCAUCAGUAACUGAGUAUUAUGACCAUUUCUGCGUCUUGCGAAAUGAGUUUGCCGGAGUCUGCUGUCCAACGUAAUUUAUAUACCAAUGAAGUGUAAUACAUAAAAUAAGUAUCUAUUUUUUAAUAAAAUCACAAAAAGUUUUAAACUA